GGGGGCGACUUCCGCUUCCGUUUUCGGGACCCAGAGCCGAGGCUGUCGCCGCUGCCGCCUCUGCAACCAUGACUGCCACCCUCCGCCCCUAUCUCAAUGCAGUGCGUGCCACCCUGCAAGCCGCCUUGUGCCUGGAGAAUUUCUCGUCUCAGGUGGUGGAGCGGCACAACAAACCCGAGGUGGAAGUCAGAAGCAGCAAAGAGCUCCUGUUGCAGCCAGUGAUCAUCAGCCGAAAUGAGAAAGAGAAAGUCCUAAUUGAAGGGUCCAUUAAUUCUGUGCGAGUUAGCAUUGCCGUGAAGCAGGCUGAUGAGAUUGAGAAAAUCCUGUGUCACAAAUUUAUGCGUUUCAUGAUGAUGAGAGCAGAGAACUUCUUCAUUUUACGUCGGAAACCAGUUGAGGGCUAUGAUAUCAGCUUCCUGAUCACAAACUUCCAUACAGAGCAGAUGUACAAGCACAAGCUGGUGGACUUUGUCAUUCAUUUCAUGGAGGAAAUUGACAAGGAAAUCAGCGAGAUGAAGCUGUCAGUCAAUGCCAGGGCUCGCAUUGUGGCGGAGGAGUUCCUCAAGAAUCCCACUCGCCGCCAGCCAUCUACUGCUCCCAAUAUCAGCAGAUACAGGCCGGAAGGAUAUACUGUCUCUCUGAUAGAAGGACGCCCACAACAUAGCUUCAACUUUUCAUUCAACCCGGAGCGGCUCAAGCAAGCCAGGCUGUAUGUGGAGAGAGCCAUCAAGCAAAGGAAGGUCUUCAUGGUGCACGGCCCUUACCCUGUGAUCCGGAGACGACUGCUUGGCAGGGGCUGGGUGGAGAGGAAGUUCCCCAAGUUGCCAAAAGCUGCCACUAAGCGGGAGCGUUUUCCUGAUGGGGAGCACGAGGAAGAUGGUGACGACAGUGAUAUGCCUGACUAUGAUGAGGAAGAGGAAGAAGAGGAGGAACAGGAUGAUGACACUGAUGGUACCUAUAGCCUCAUGUCAAGGCUGGUGCGCAACCAGAUCCCCUAUUUCAUCUGGACCAACCGGCGUGACGUCAUUGACUGCCGGUUCCUGCGCAAGGACCAGAUGAUGAAUCACUUUGCCAGGGCUGGCACCUUCACCACCAAGGUAGGGCUGUGUCUUAACCUACGAAACCUGCCAUGGUUUGACCAAGCCGAUGCUGAUACAUUUUUUCCACGAUGUUACCGUCUUGGAGCUGAAGAUGAAAAACAUGCCUUCAUUGAGGACUUCCAGCUCACUGCAGCCAGGAGCCUUCUCAAGGUGGUGGUGAAACAAUACUGGAAUGAGUUCCCUUUCACGGCAGCCCUGGAUGCUGAUCAGAAUGAGCCUCCCUAUGCUCAGGUGUCCUCAGGGGUCCACCUCUCCUCCCAGCUUAUUGAGACAGCGAUCCAAGCCUGUGAGGAGCACUUGAGCAGCCUGAGGCACCAGGACAUCGACCGAGAAUCCGAGUCUCCCCUGCUAAUGACGAAGGCACGCUGGGAAGAGUUCCUACACGGCUACUACCAAAUAGUGCAUGAAGGGGCGAAGAUAGUGCAGACGGGGCCCCAUAUCGAGCGGUGUGAAGAUGUCCUGCACCGACUGUCGAAGGUCGUUCCACAGCUGGACAUGGAAGGUGACCGGAACAUCUGGAUUGUCAAGCCGGGAGCCAAGUCCCGGGGCAGAGGCAUCAUGUGUAUGGACCGCUUGGAGGAAAUGGUGAAGCUAGUGGACUGUGACCCCAUGAUUGUCAAGGAUGGCAAGUGGGUGGUGCAGAAAUACAUCGAGACACCCCUGCUCAUAUUCGGGACCAAGUUUGACCUGCGCCAAUGGUUCCUGGUGACCGACUGGAACCCACUUACCAUCUGGUUCUAUCAGCAUAGCUACAUCCGCUUCUCUACACAGCCCUUUUCCCUGCACAGCCUGGAUACCUCCAUCCACUUAUGCAAUAACUCCAUCCAAAAGCACUACGAGAACUCACUGAACCGCCACUCUGAGCUCCCCCCUGACAACAUGUGGUCCUCUGAGCAGUUCCAGGUCCAUCUGCGGCAGAUGGGGGCGCCGGAGGCCUGGUCAAAGGCGAUUGUGCCCGGCAUGAAAGCAGCGAUCAUUCACGCCAUGCAAACCUCUCAGGACUUGGUGGAGUUCCGCAAAAACAGCUUUGAGCUCUACGGCGCCGACUUCCUCUUUGGAGAAAACUACCAGCCGUGGUUGAUUGAGAUCAAUGCCAGCCCCACCAUGGCGGCCUCCACGGCCAUCACCACCCGACUGUGUGCCAGUGUACAGGAGGACACCCUGCGUGUGGUCGUGGACCGCAAGUACGACCGCAACUGCAACACAGGGAACUUUGAGCUCAUCUACAAACAGGCUGCCGUGGAGGUCCCCCAGUAUGUCGGCACUAGCCUUGUGGUAGAAGGUUCCACUGUCAGGAAGCCCCGGCCUGCCCUCCCAAGAAGCCCUGUCCCGGGUGAUGCAAAGAACGGCUGUGGCCCACAGCAGCCCAAAGACCUCAAGCUGAUCUACCGGCGCAAUAACCACGGCAUCCCUCGCGCACCUACCCCAUGCUGGACGGCAGCCAAUGGCAAGACUACAGAGCCAGCAGCCCCGGGGAAAGAGAACAAAGUCCGGGAGAAGGCUCCCUCCAGCAAGGUCCCCUCUUCAGCUUCUGCGAGAUUCAAGCUGCCCAGCAAGCUCAGGCCGGACCCCCGUAACAGGAGGGUGCUGAUGGCACACAGCAUGGCCACCACCGCCACCGUCGUCCCGGGGGAUAAGGCGUCGUUCCCGGCUCAGCUCUGUGCCAAAUCCAGGUCUCAAAAGCUGCCCGCGAACCCACGAGAACCCACCCGCCAUCACGCCACAGUCUCCAAGGUCACUGGCGUGGUGUUGCAGGUGCCCAGCAAGGCCACCCAUCCGGCAGGUAGGGAGCUCUGCCUGAAGCUGCAGCUGCGGGAAUUCGAUGUGGUCUGUGGGGAGCUGCCGGCCUCCCGCCGCCGCUUCUCUUCCUCCUAUCCCGUGAGGCCCAGUGUGCAAGAGCGCCUGCGGGGCUUGAAGCACUCCUUCGUGCAAAGCAUGCCCUUGCCACCGACUCCUCCGUCCCCUUUGGGCCUGGAUCUGGCUUCAACCGCCGAGCUCAGUGCCAUUAGAGCAUCUAUGAUCAGGAGGAGGAGGCUGAGGAGGGACAGGACCUACCGGUGACCCAGGAGCGGCCCUGGGCUUGUGGCGGCAGGUGGGAAUCAUGCUGGAGGGGGCUGAGCAGCGCUCACGUGGGGCUGUGUAUGCA